AUGUUGCAUGGUGGACAACAGCUCAUGGUUUCGUCCGUUAGAGAGCGGUUCUGGCCAACAAACGCCCGGAACUUAGUGCGAAAGGUCAUCCACGAGUGUGACCCAUGUUUCAGAGUGAAGCCCAAGAUUCAGGACCAGUUCAUGGCGGAUCUUCCCCCCGAAAGAGUCACCCCGUGUCCACCAGUCCAGCGUGUAGGUGUGGAUUACUGUGGCCCGUUCCAAGAGUCGUAUCCGUACCGGCGCAAUUGCCCGGUGAAAAUCUUCGUUGCCGUCUACGUCUGUCUAGUAACCAAGGCCGUUCACCUGGAACUAGCGGCAGACUUGUCCGCUCAAGGAUUUAUUGCGACUCUGAAGCGUUUCUCUUCCCGGCGAGGCAAGCCGGAGAUCAUAAUGUACAACAACGGAAGAAACUUCGUAGGUACGAGACGAAAGUUGGACGAAUUACGUCGCCUGUUCGACAACCAACAAUUUCAGGCAUCCAUCAUCAGAAGUUCAGCUGAAGACCAAAUUCAGUUCCGGUUUAUUCCAGCGCGUUCGCCAAACUUCGGUGGACUGUGGGAAUCAACAAUCCUGACCCAGGUAGAAGCAGUGUUGAAUUCACGACCACUCACAUCUCUCAGUAACGACCCGGACGACUACGAAGUCUUGACUCCCUGUCAUUUCUUGAAUCAGCGGCUUCUUACGGCAAUACCGGAACCCGAUCUGAAUGGGAUUCCUGAAAAUCGUCUGUCAGCCUGGCAGAAAGCGCAGCGGUUCACGCAGCAACUGUGGAAGAAAUCGUCACAUCUGCACACUUAA